CAGAGAGAGAAAAAGAACAAAACAUGCUCGGUUUGGUGUCACUUCAUCCCUUCCUACUUCUGUCCUUCAAACCACCUUAAAGCUUAAGAUCCCCCUCCCCACUUUCUCUUCAAGUUUCUUCCUUUUCUGCAAAGUUCUUAGUGUCUUAUUCCCUCACCCCAUUUUUUUAAUUACCAUCUAUCUAAAUCUACCAUUUCCUUUAGCCCCUUCAAGGAUAGAACAUAGUAAAACCAAGUUUCCUUUAACUAGACUUAGCUCUAGAUUCUUCACUGACCCUUGAUUUCUCUUUUUCUGAGUUUAUCUUCUUUUUAGCUUGAAAUUCACACUUCUUGGGUUCCAUUUAAAGCAAGAAUUAAACUUUGCCCACAUGUUUGGUGUUGUUUUCCUCCAUCAAGUCUUUUAACUUGUUCAGACAUGUUUGCUUGAUCAAAAUCUUUAUUUUUUUGUACUCUCUUGCACUUAAUUUUAGUUAAAAGUUUCAAUUUUUUUGGGGGAAAAGAGAAAAAUGGAUCCUAUGGUUUCACAUUUUUUAGUUCUUCUAACACUAAUCUUUCUCGUUCUAAACCAAACCCUCCAUGCUUUGAGUUAUUCUUCUGCAACAAUAAUACCUAUGAGUUGUACGGACACGUCGAGAUUAUGCACGUCUUUUUUGGCUUUUAAACCACAGGAGAACCAAACUCCGGCUGUGAUCCAGAGCAUGUUCGAUGUUAUACCACAAGACAUAACAGUCGAAGGAGAGGGUAAACAUGAUUACAUAUUCAUCAAAAAGAACUGUUCUUGCUUGACAAACCCCAAGAAUUAUGCAGCAAACACAACCUUUACAGUGAGAUCAAAUCAAGGGUAUGUUUAUGACAUGGUUUUGGAGGCUUAUGAUGGGCUUGCAAUUGUUCCAAAUGUUAGCAGGCCGGCAAGGAUUGGAGCUGUGGUGUCUUUGAGGCUCUUUUGUGGGUGUUCAAGUGGGCUGUGGAACUACUUGUUGAGUUAUGUGAUGAAAGAUGGGGACAGUGUGCAAUCUUUAGCUAGUAGAUUUGGGGUUAGCAUGGAUAGUAUUGAGCAAGUUAAUGGGAUUCAAAAUCCUGAUGAUGUCACUGUCGGUGCUUUGUAUUAUGUUCCAUUGAAUUCAGUUCCUGGUGAACCAUAUCAUGUGGAGAAUGACAUUCCCUCGGCACCUGUUCCUACACCAUCAGCUGACACACUUUCAGAAAUUCAAGUAAAUCCUAAGGGCCAUGUGCCUUACGGAUUGAUCAUUGGCGGUUUGAGUGUUGGCCUUGCCCUCAUUAUAUUAAGCAUUGUAGUUUGUGUUUCCUUGAGAUCCUCAAGCUGCUUUGGUGAAGCUCCAGGAGUUCAUGCCAAAGAUUGUGAUGCCAAGAGUUCACACAAGUUCCACAUUCUUCGGAAGCCAAGUUUCUGUUGUGGUUCAGGAAGAUACGUUGGCGGCAAGUCCGAGAAUUGGAACCAAACCAAAGGCGAAUCUAAUAACCACCAGAUUACUAUCCCUAAAGCUCUAGUAACAGAUGUACUUGAUGUUAAUAAGCCUGUGGUUUUCACUUACGAAGAGAUUCUUUUUUCGACUAAUGGAUUCUCGGAUUCUAAUCUUCUUGGACAUGGAACCUAUGGCUCUGUGUAUUUUGGUUUCCUUCAUGACCAGGAGGUUGCUAUCAAAAGAAUGACUGCCACAAAGACGAAAGAAUUCAUGUCGGAGAUGAAAAUCUUGUGCAAGGUUCAUCAUGCAAAUCUGGUAGAGUUGAUCGGCUAUGCUGCAAGUGAUAAUGAGCUCUUCCUUAUUUAUGAAUAUGCUCUAAAGGGUUCCCUCAGAAACCAUUUACAUGAUCCCUUGAACAAAGGUUAUACACCACUUUCGUGGAUAAUGAGGGUUCAGAUUGCACUCGGUGCCGCUAGAGGCCUGGAGUACAUCCAUGAGUACACUAAAGCUCAUUAUGUUCACCGAGAUAUCAAGUCGAGCAACAUUUUGCUCGAUGGUUCUUUCAAGGCAAAGAUUUCAGAUUUUGGAUUGUCAAAGCUUGUUAGAAAAACACAUGAUGAAGAAGCAACAGCAACAAAAGUUGUUGGUACAUUUGGUUAUUUUGCACCAGAAUAUUUGAGCGAUGGACUUGCAUCGUCGAAAAGCGAUGUGUAUGCAUUUGGUGUUGUGCUGUUUGAGAUCAUAUCUGGAAAGGAGGCCAUCAUACGAACCGAAGGCACCACGACAAAAAAUAUCGAAAGACGUUCAUUGGCAUCCAUUAUGUUAGCAGCUCUUCGGAACACAUCAGACUCAAUGAGCGUGUCGAACAUGGAUUAUAUCGAUCCGAACAUGCUGGAUCUUUUUCCUCAUGAUUGUGUCUUGAAGGUGGCUAUGCUGGCAAAGCAAUGCGUGGAUGAGGAUCCGAUUGUACGACCCGACGUGAAACAAGUGGUGAUCAACUUGUCACAGAUCCUUUUGUCAUCGGUCGAGUGGGAAGCAACGCUGGCCGGGAACAGCCAAGUAUUUAGUGGUUUGGUCCAAGGAAGAUAGUUAUAGAGGAAGAGGCUAUAGUUUCUACAUUAUGCUCUG